GAAAGGUUAAAGUUAAAAACAGCGUUUGGAUUUGUCUCUGUUGUUAUUAUUAUUAAGUAAUGAAUGCUGAGACGUGCGUUUCUUACUAUGAUAUGACAGCCAUGGAUUCAUAUUAUAGCACACCACAAGGUAGAGAUCACCUUGCAAACCCGUUUAGGACAUUCCAGCCCAGUGACACCAAGUACAGCCCCACUUUCCUGACCAACAAAGGUCAGGCAUAUGGGGAAAAGUCGAGGAGCCCGUUCCAACAGGAAUGCCAGUCAUUGGAUGCCAGUUCUGGAGAAGGCACCUUUAACAAAUACCAUCUCUUUAUGCAGAGGACCUCUUGUAAAACUCCACCAGAAGGAAGCAAACUCCACCAAGACAGCAGCCACAACGGAGCGCUUAUCUCCUGUUAUGCCAAAGACAGCAGUGGGCUGACAGACUCUGAGUUGCCCCCAAGCACUGACCCUGCAGGGAUGGACAGCAGCUACCUCAGUGUGAAAGAGUCUGGGGUCAAGGGGCCCCAGGACCGUCCGGGCUCCGAGAUUACCAAUCCGCUGGACAAGGGUGAGGGCGAGAGCAACAAGGGCAAGAAGAGACGCAACCGCACCACCUUCACCAGCUACCAGCUCGAGGAGCUUGAGAAAGUGUUCCAGAAGACACACUACCCCGACGUGUAUGCCAGGGAGCAGCUGGCAUUGCGCACUGACCUAACUGAGGCCCGAGUGCAGGUGUGGUUUCAGAACCGAAGAGCGAAGUGGAGAAAGAGAGAGCGGUUCGGCCAGAUGCAACAGGUUCGGACUCAUUUCUCAACUGCCUACGAGCUCCCUCUUCUAACCAGAGCUGAGAAUUAUGCACAGAUCCAGAACCCAUCGUGGAUCGGGGGUGGCAGUGCAGCAUCUCCAGUCCCGGGCUGUGUGGUUCCCUGCGACACGGUGACCUCCUGCAUGACCCCUCACCCCCACGCGGGCGGCAGCGUCUCCGACUUCCUGGGUGUGCCUAGCCCUGGGGGCCACAUGGGACAGACGCACAUGGGCAGCCUCUUUGGCAACCCGGGCAUCAACAGCUACGACCUCAACGCAGAGCCCGACCGCAAAUCCUCCAGCAUCGCUGCCCUGCGCAUGAAGGCUAAAGAACACAGCGCUGCCAUCUCCUGGGCUACAUGAUGAUGCUGCCCACAAACCCGUUUUAAUUUAAACAAAAACUAAAAAAUUCAAGCAAUACAAACGAAAAAAAAAACAAACAAACAAAAAAAAAAGCUGAAUUUUAUUUUUACAAAUAAGCAAACACUAAAUAAUAUAGCCAUAACAGACUCUUUGAGUACCUAAACUCUGGGCAAGUGUCUAAACCCUGAAAACGGGGGCCUUGGGUUUAAGCGAUGUUGCUGAAGUGCAUGAAGCAGUUUUGGUUCAAGGCAGUGAUUUAAAGUUUAGGUUUGAAACCUCUUGCUAUCAGGAGGUCGCAUUAUUGUAAAAAAAGAAAAGGCUUCUUUGGCAAACACUGCCAUUUCUGCGGCAAGAAACAUUUUGGUUUGUUUGGUGCAAGAAGACGUGUAUUCAAUCAUAACAUGCAACACUCACAAUAUUGCCCUGUUCAGUUGGGGCAUUUAAUUUAUUUUCCAGAGACACAGUAUAUUCGUUUUAUAGAAUGGGGGAAUGAGCAUUUAUGCAUUUCUUUUAAUUGAAUAUCACCACAUAUCAGGCCAAUAACAUAAAGAGGCGCUGUACUUUUUUGAUUGAAUCCAAUACUAAGGAAGGCUACAAUAUUGAACAUCAAGGCUUUGCACUGGUAUAAAAAUGUGUUACAAAAAAUAGACACUUUCACAUUAGGCUUCAGCUGAUCCCAUUAUUAAAAUGACUUGGUGUAGAGGAAAUAGCGUAAGUUUAGGGCCUCUAAGCAUUUCUUGUUUUACUCUUUUAAUCUUUUUAUUACAUUUUAUUAAGAUUUCUUAACAAACUGAAUGAGUUUUCCUGCAGGUAGUUGUUAUCUCUUCCUAUGUCCCUCUGGGGCGAGGGAGCUAGGCAGCGUUACAUGCUUAGUAUUUAACAGGCCAGACCUGCCGGAGAGGGGAAGAUGAGCAAGAAAACGAGAAAGUACUGCACUUUCUUUUUUAUUAGCCUAAUCAUUGAUUGAAGUAGAGGUUAACCACACUGCACCUUCCUGUAAUUAAAAAAAAGAGCUUGUGAUUAAUAAAAUCACAUGGGUCACAAUGUUUAGUACCUGUGAAGUGCAAUGCAAGUUGCAAGGUACUGUACAGUAAGUAUAGCUUAACUCAAACAUCAUAAUUGGUAGCCAUGGUCUACUUACUCGAAGGAAAAUUCGAGUUUAGAAUGGUGUACUUAAUAAUAAGCAUUGAGUUACCCUUUUUCUUCUAAAAUUGGAAAGCUGCAGUGACUUAAUCCACCAGACAUCUCUUUAACACCCCGCACAGGAAUGUUGUUGUAGCUGAGGUGCAAGGUGAUAGACAUUUUUUAAAAAAAUAGAGUGAAUAUCAAACAUGCAGGACGAGAUAACAUUUUUAUCCACCGCUCUGCUACUUUUAUACACUCGGGUACAUUUUCAUUCCAAACACCACAAGGAUUUGUUAAUGUCUUUUUACUUCCAUCCUGAUACUCUCUAGUGUCUUUCAGAUUCAGGGCCUGUUUGUAGGUGUAACUGACAACUGGCAAAGUAGCAACUCUAGAGGUUCAGGGUCUGCGGAGCUUGAACAAGCAAGAGAACUUCUGCUGUUUUGUAGAGGUGAGAGAUUGGCAUUGAUUUAAACUGGACAUGGCAUUUCCACAGGUACCCCUCCCUGCGUUCUCAUCCGGGCCUCAAAGGAAACUAUUUACCAGCCUUGGGUUACAGGAAAACGACAUCACGCUCAUGUGGAGCCGAGCAGCUAGCAAUAACACUGCAAACACGCUCAGGCCUGCACCCUUGAAACGCUUUCUAAAGACUGGGAUAGUUUCAAUAAAAAGGUUUUACCAUAUAUUACUUCUUUACUGUGAAUUGGACAGGCAAUGGGAGAGAUUCUGAUGCAAAUACCUACAUUUUUUUACCAAAAAAAUAUUAUAAAAGCUCAAAAGAUAUUGUUCUGACCCUAUAUAUACCGAGCACCAUUUGGCUGGAAUGAUCUGUUGUAGCUCACUUGAAAUCACUCUCAGUCCACACACAUGGAAAGCACAUUUUCAAGGUGGACUGUAAUGCCAUGCGAUUAAAAAAAAAAAAAAAAAAAAAAAAAGCCCACAGUCAGACUAAAGGGAUACAUUUCACGCUAUAGAGUGAGGGAUCCCAAUAAAUGCGGUUCAGGUUGGCAAUGAAUUUUAAGCUGAGCCUCAGAGUUGUUGGCCGCUGUUCUGGAGAAGCGAAUUCAAGAAAAAUGUUCCCUGUGCCAGAAGUGGAAUCCAGUUUCUCCAAAUGCCUGCUUGCUCCAGGGCUUUCCUUGGCUUUGCUGCAGUCAUUCCAAAGACUGAACCUUGCAGUUCAGAGCAGUGGAUUGAAUCCAGCAAGCAGGCUUGGAAUACCAGUGCAUGCACUAACUUCCUUUACUCCAGUGCAGUCUGCAGUUUGAAAAGGCAGACAUUCAAAUUAUUAUCCUUGCAUGUCCCAUGCAAUCAAAGGUGAUCAAGAAUUCCAAUGCUAUGCAAACAAUUUACAAAAGUUUUAAUUCAAUAGAUGAAAAAAUCACAAAACCAAUAUUUAAAAAAAAAAAGCACACAAUUCAGACCUCUGAUUUCUAAAACUGCAGGGCUUCUAGAUAGACUUUUUUUUUCUUCCUGUAACCCAGUUGGUGAUUUUCCUGUAUUUAACAAAAAUCAAUUCAUGCAAUCCACAUAAUUCCUUUCUCCAUAUUAAAUAACGAUAUAUAUGAUAAUUAUUUCCUGUCGACUACUCCUGUAUUUAUCCUGUAGACCUGAAGAAAGUGAACCAAAUCUGUAGUGCGUGGAAUUCAGCCAAGGAAGCCCCCUCCCUCUACUCAACAGUCAGUGCUGCCCGAACAUCAUAAACUUAUUGCAUCUCUUCAGGUUCAUGGGUGGAAAACAAUUCACAAUAAAUGGGAGCAUUUCUUCCUUAAUUGCAAUUACAUUGAAUGACACGAGAGAUAAUAAUCGAAGCAUUGACAGAACGUUAUGCUUUGUUAACACAAUAAGGAUGCACCGUUUAUAAAUCCAAUACUAGGGUGGGCAAUAUCUAUGUUUUUUUUUUAAUUAACACACGAGUAAUAACACAUCAGUAGUGCCUCUUGCCUAUUUAGAAUCACAAUAGUAUAUGUUCACAAACCUAAGCUUCAAUUACUUUCACUGUAUUUAUAUAUUUAUAAGUCUAUUUAUCUUUUUAUGCAUUUAUCGAAUUCUAUUUAGCAGCCUUUACUGACUGUAUAUUGAUAUAUCUAGACUGGCAAAGAUCUGCAAUGGAAACUACUAUAGUUUUGCAGCACAGUAGCACAUGACAAAUGCAUUUAUAUUAUUGUGAUUUUAUUUUACAUUGGAAUUAAAUGCUUGAGGGUUAAGUUAAUGCUUGUCAGAAAAGUACAGUUCUUCUAAUAAUUAUAUACAAUCCAACACCAUACAAGACUCCAAUAUUAAUUUCCCAGGAGGGGGAAGUGUAAAUUAAAUGCUGCAAACCCACAGGGGACCUUAUCAAAAGUUUAAACUGAAAGCAAAAGAUUUAAAGAAAUAUUGACAGUGGCCAGGUGCACCGAUAAUAUUGCGAAAUCAUAUGUCUACGCAAGCUUGUAGUAAACAAAAAAAUCACUAAAAAUCAAACAUACAAAUUAAAGAGAAAACAUUGCAAAUAAUUCUCGGGUGAGAAAAUCAUUUAUUACAUUGGGGCGGUCAUGUCAAUAUUCACUGAUAUUGGUUCAUUUUCAAAUCAAUUGGGUUGUACAUCCCUAGGACAUGCACCAGGUACACAUUUGCACUAGAUUAUGGCCAGUGUUCUUAUGAUGAGGUGCUUGUUACCAUUGACCUGCUCAAAAACAAAAUAGUACGAGAUCUUGAACCAAACAAAUGCGUUUCAAAUGGUAUAGGCUUUAGGGACAUGCAAGUUAAGGAUAUAAACCAAUAGAAACUAGGCACUUGAGGUCCACUGUAAAUGUUAUCAGAUCCUCAGCCUGUCUCACAGAAACCUGCAGUCACUAUCCUCUCCUAGCAAGGAUGACAUACAUGCAUGCAUGCAUACAUAGGUGCAUUGACUCUUGUAGUUCAAUAUGAUGGUACAGCACAUUUAAAUCCGGGCCUCUUCUUUGCCGUUCCUACAGCUCAAACCCCAUUGCCGUUUGUAAUACUACUGAAGCAGGGCAACAAGUUUUCUAGAUUAAUAUUAAAAUCGUAGUCUUUUUUUUUUUUCUGUGUGUGUGUGUGCGCGCACUCGAUCGUGUGGGGGUGUGUGGAUUUUAAGUGUAAAUUUAUUUGAGAGAUUUGCAGGGUUUAAAGGCCCUUGGAAAUAUUACAGUUCUAAUUUGUUGUAAAGUAUUCUUAACCGUGAAAAACCAAGUCUGUUUUCCUGGCUUAAAAGGAAUAAAAUGCAUCUUGGUUUCAUUCUAUGAUAAAAAAAAAAAAGUCAAAAAAAAAGAAAAAAGUUGCAACGGCUUUAAGCGAAAUUGUAGUGCUUUUUAAGUAACCCUAUUGUUAUACUUUCAUUGUAUUCAUGUUCUUACAUUGUAUAGGGUUUUUUGUAUUGCUAGUAAGUUAUUGCACUUACAAAAGGUUUUUCUGGUAGUGAGCUGGGGUCAAAUCUUUAAAGCAAGGCUCAGAAUGCAGAAGACCGCACGCUCUUGAGACUAAUACACAAUAUUUCUAGUUGAAAUCUCAGUUUUUAAAGUCUUCUUUUUUUUUUUUUUUUUUUUUUAAUGUUCUCAGUAGCACUGUUCCAAUUGUUUUCUCCUCCCUCUAGUAUCAAUCUUCUAUAAAGCAUGGUCACUUGUACUAAAUAAAAUAAUUACUACAAAUUACAAUACAUUGCUUUUAACUAAAUUAAUUAUCUGUGUUGCAAACAAGUAAAUAAAAUUACCCAAGAAUAACUUUACUGUUUUUAGGUUCUUAGUUUUUUUUUUUCAGUAAUGGACAUCUUGAUAUAAACCAUCUAAGUUAUGGCCAAAAGUUUUGCAUCACCUAGAAU